UCAUCAACGUCGACAGGCUGUUGAAAAGAUCGUUGUCAGUCUGGAUUCACUUGUGUCAGCAGUUAGGAUGGCAGCAACAGGAGUAAGUGGCCUCCGCUUCUCUCUCCUCCUGGACGACCUCUGUCAGGUCCUCACCUGGACGGGCCUGUGCCAGGUCCUGUUAGUGGUCGGGUCAACACUGGGAGCUGUGGUUGGGGUUUGGACAGUGCAGCUGUUGGUGCGUCAUGCCUGGUACAUGUACAAGCUGUCCUGCUUCAACAAACCGCGUGCACAGUCCUGGCUGCUGGGUCAUCUGGGUCAGAUGCAGAACUCAGAGGAAGGACUCCAUCAGUCAGAUGACUUGGUGCAGACGUACAAACACUCUUGCAGCUGGUUCCUCGGCCCCAUCUAUCACCUGGUCAGAGUUUUCCAUCCGGACUUCGUCAAACCUCUGUUAAUGGCACCUGCCAGUGUUACAGUGAAAGACGAGCUUUUCUACGGUCAUCUGCGUCCAUGGCUGGGACAGAGUUUAUUGCUAGCCAGUGGAGAGGAAUGGUCCCGCAGAAGACGCCUGCUAACUCCAGCUUUCCACUUUGACAUACUGAAGGGCUAUGUUACCAGGUUUAACACCUCGACUAACACCAUGCAUGACAAGUGGCGUCACCUGUUGGCAGGAGGAAGAACCAACAUAGAAAUGUUCCAUCACGUCACCCUGAUGACACUGGACAGUUUGCUGAAAUGUGCCUUCAGUUACAACAGUAACUGCCAGGAGUCCACUAGUGAAUAUGUGUCAGCCGUUAUGGAGCUGAGUGACCUGAUCUUAGAUCGUCGCCAAAAGCUUUUACACCACUGGGACUGGAUUAUUGGAGAACUAAACAGGGCCAACGUUUCAAAAAAGCCAUUAAUAUGUACACAGGAGGAAGCAGAAGGAAGCCAGAGCCUGGAGAACAUGCAACGCCACACAGAAAGGACCAGGUUCACUCAGGAUGUUCUUGAGCAGCGCCGAGCCCUGAUCAGCCAACAGAAAGAAAUACAACAUGAUUUCACCACAACACCUCAGAAGAAGAAAGACUUUGUGGACAUUUUACUGUUGUCAAAGGAUGAAGCUGGGCGAGGACUAACAGAUGAGGAGAUACAAGCAGAGGCCAACACCUUCAUGUUUGCGGGUCAUGAGACCACAGCAAGUGCAAUUUGCUGGACACUCUACAAUUUAGCACACCACCCCCACUAUCAAGAAAAGUGUCGACAGGAGGUGAUGGAUUUAAUGAGAGGAAGAGAUCGACAGAACAUGGAGUGGGAGGAUCUGUCUGGUCUGCCGUUCACCACCAUGUGCAUCAGAGAGGCUCUCAGACUGCACUCUCCAGUGCUGGCUGUCACCAGGAAGUACACCCAGGACAUGGAACUGCCAAAGAAUCGGACAGUGCCAAAGGGAGUGAUCUGUUUGGUCAGUAUUUAUGGAACACACCACAAUGGCACUGUCUGGACAAACCCACAUGAGUUUGAUCCUCUGCGUUUCGAACCCACCAACAUGGCGGGGCGGGAUUCUCAUGCCUUCAUCCCCUUUUCCUCAGGACCCAGGAACUGUAUCGGUCAGAAAUUUGCCCUGGCAGAGCUGCGUGUGGUUGUGGCAUUGACUCUGCUCAGGUUCCAUCUAACCCCAGGCGUGGACCCCAAACUGGGUACCACCUCUGAGGGCAUUCGGCGUCUCCCCCAACUCGUCCUUCGUGCUGAGGGGGGCAUGUGGCUGCAGCUGGCACCUCUGAUCACACCCAGAACGGAGAAUGAGCAAGAUGAAUGAUCCAGCAAACCUCUCUCACAUUCACUGUUACCAGUUGCAGUUGUGCGCAUAAGUUCAC